GGGCGCGGCGAGCGCGGAACCGCGCGCUCUAGGACCGAGGAGCGGAGCUGCAGGGAGACGGGGCCUCCUGCGGCAGCGGCCGCGAGCGAGGGAGCCGCGGGGCCGGGGCUGAGAUGAACGCGGGGCGCUCGGGAGCCACGAGGACCCAGCUGCCGGGGCGGCGGCGCGGGGAGCAGGAUGCGGCCGCCCAGACUGAUGGAGAGGCAGAAACGGAAGGCGGACAUCGAGAAGGGGCUGCAGUUCAUUCAGUCAACCCUCCCCCUAAAGCAAGAGGAGUAUGAGGCCUUCCUGCUCAAGCUGGUGCAGAACCUGUUCGCCGAGGGCAAUGAUCUAUUCCGGGAAAAGGACUACAAGCAGGCCCUGGUGCAGUAUAUGGAGGGGCUGAACGUGGCCGACUAUGCCGCCUCUGACCAGGUGGCCCUGCCCCAGGAGCUGCUGUGCAAGCUGCAUGUCAACCGUGCCGCCUGCUACUUCACCAUGGGCCUCUACGAGAAGGCACUGGAAGACAGCGAAAAGGCGCUGGGCCUGGACAGCGAGAGCAUCCGCGCGCUUUUCCGCAAGGCGCGCGCCCUCAAUGAGCUGGGACGCCACAAGGAAGCCUAUGAGUGCAGUAGCCGGUGCUCCCUGGCACUCCCCCACGUGAAAGUGACACCCCAGCACAAUGCCAAUUCCUUCCUAGGAGGCCCGGGAGAGCCUAAGCCCUGCAGCUGGACAUGUAUGACGCAUGAAGACAUCGUUCAGGAAUCCAAGAAGUACUGGCAGCAGAUGGAAGCACACGCCGGGAAAGCCAGCAGCGGCUCGGGUGCACCAAGGACUCAUGGGCCCAGCACCUUCGACCUGCAGAUGAAGUUCGUGUGUGGCCAGUGCUGGAGGAAUGGGCAGGUGGUGGAACCUGACAAGGACCUCAAGUACUGCAGUGCCAAAGCCCGUCACUGCUGGACCAAGGAGCGGCGGGUCCUUCUGGUGAUGUCCAAGGCCAAGAGGAAAUGGGUGUCGGUGAGGCCGCUACCAUCCAUCCGCAACUUCCCACAGCAAUACGAUCUCUGCAUUCAUGCGCAGAACGGCCGCAAGUGCCAGUAUGUGGGGAACUGUUCCUUUGCACACAGCCCUGAGGAGAGGGACAUGUGGACAUUCAUGAAGGAGAACAAAAUCCUGGACAUGCAGCAGACGUACGACAUGUGGCUGAAGAAACACAACCCAGGGAAACCUGGGGAAGGGACCCCGAUCAGCUCACGGGAAGGGGAAAAGCAGAUCCAGAUGCCCACAGACUAUGCCGACAUCAUGAUGGGCUACCACUGCUGGCUCUGUGGAAAGAACAGCAACAGCAAGAAGCAGUGGCAGCAGCACAUCCAGUCUGAGAAGCACAAGGAGAAGGUCUUCACCUCUGACAGCGACGCCAGUGGCUGGGCCUACCGCUUCCCCAUGGGCGAGUUCCGGCUUUGUGACAGGCUGCAGAAGGGCAAGGCCUGCCCGGAUGGGGACAAGUGCCGCUGCGCCCACGGCCAGGAGGAGCUCAAUGAGUGGCUGGAUCGGCGUGAGGUGCUGAAGCAGAAGCUGGCCAAGGCCCGCAAGGACAUGCUUCUGUGCCCAAGGGAUGAUGACUUUGGCAAAUACAACUUCCUGCUGCAAGAAGAUGGAGACAUUGGAACUUCCAAUGGAUUGGGGUCCAUAGAUGACAUCGAAACAGACUGCUAUGUGGACCUGCGAGGAUCCCCAGUUCUGCUCCCCUCCACCCCCACGAUGCCCCUAUUUCCUCAUGUCCUGGACCUGCUGGCCCCCCUGGACAGUAGCAGCAGGGCCGCCCCCAGUACAGACAGCUUGGAUGACUUCUCAGAUGGGGACGUCUUUGGUCCGGAGCUGGACACCCUCCUGGACUCGCUGUCUCUGGUCCAGGGUGGCCUGCCUGGUGGUGGUGUGCCCAGCGAGCUGCCCCAGCUGAUUCCUGUGUUCCCUGGUGGGACCCCACUACUGCCACCUGUGGUGGGCGGCUCCAUCCCCGUCUCCAGCCCGCUGCCCCCUGCCUCCUUUGGCCUUGUCAUGGAUCCUUCCAAGAAGCUGGCAGCCUCUGUGCUGGAUGCCCUGGACCCCCCAGGCCCCACGCUGGACCCCCUGGACCUGCUGCCGUACUCAGAGACCCGGCUGGAUGCCCUUGACAGCUUUGGGUCAGCCCGGGGCUCAUUGGACAAGCCGGACUCCUUUAUGGAGGAGACCAACUCACAGGAGCACCGGCCCCCAAGCAGCACUCAGAAGCCAGCGCCGUCGCCGGAGCCCUCCAUGCCCAACACCGCCUUGCUCAUCAAGAACCCCUUGGCUGCCACCCAUGAGUUCAAGCAGGCAUGCCAGCUGUGCUACCCCAAGACAGGCCCCAGGGCCGGCGACUACACCUACCGUGAGGGCCUGGAGCACAAGUGCAAGCGGGACACCCUGCUUGGGCGGCUUCGCAGUGCCGAGGACCAGACCUGGAAGCGCAUCCGGCCACGGCCCACCAAGACCAGCUUUGUGGGCUCCUACUACCUGUGCAAAGACAUGAUUAACAAGCAGGACUGUAAGUACGGGGAUAACUGCACCUUCGCCUACCAUCAGGAGGAGAUCGACGUGUGGACUGAGGAGCGGAAGGGCACCCUCAACCGUGACCUGCUCUUCGACCCGCUGGGUGGCGUCAAGCGCGGCAGCCUCACCAUUGCCAAGCUCCUCAAGGAGCACCAGGGCAUCUUCACCUUCCUCUGUGAGAUUUGCUUUGACAGUAAGCCCCGGAUCAUCAGCAAAGGCACCAAAGACUCUCCGUCCGUCUGCUCCAACUUGGCUGCCAAGCACGGCUUCUACAACAACAAGUGCCUGGUGCACAUUGUCCGCUCCACCUCCCUCAAGUACUCCAAGAUCCGCCAGUUCCAAGAGCACUUCCAGUUCGACGUGUGCCGCCAUGAGGUGCGCUACGGCUGCCUGCGGGAGGACAGUUGCCACUUUGCCCACAGUUUCAUCGAGCUCAAGGUGUGGCUGCUGCAGCAGUACUCAGGUAUGACGCAUGAAGACAUCGUUCAGGAAUCCAAGAAGUACUGGCAGCAGAUGGAAGCACACGCCGGGAAAGCCAGCAGCGGCUCGGGUGCACCAAGGACUCAUGGGCCCAGCACCUUCGACCUGCAGAUGAAGUUCGUGUGUGGCCAGUGCUGGAGGAAUGGGCAGGUGGUGGAACCUGACAAGGACCUCAAGUACUGCAGUGCCAAAGCCCGUCACUGCUGGACCAAGGAGCGGCGGGUCCUUCUGGUGAUGUCCAAGGCCAAGAGGAAAUGGGUGUCGGUGAGGCCGCUACCAUCCAUCCGCAACUUCCCACAGCAAUACGAUCUCUGCAUUCAUGCGCAGAACGGCCGCAAGUGCCAGUAUGUGGGGAACUGUUCCUUUGCACACAGCCCUGAGGAGAGGGACAUGUGGACAUUCAUGAAGGAGAACAAAAUCCUGGACAUGCAGCAGACGUACGACAUGUGGCUGAAGAAACACAACCCAGGGAAACCUGGGGAAGGGACCCCGAUCAGCUCACGGGAAGGGGAAAAGCAGAUCCAGAUGCCCACAGACUAUGCCGACAUCAUGAUGGGCUACCACUGCUGGCUCUGUGGAAAGAACAGCAACAGCAAGAAGCAGUGGCAGCAGCACAUCCAGUCUGAGAAGCACAAGGAGAAGGUCUUCACCUCUGACAGCGACGCCAGUGGCUGGGCCUACCGCUUCCCCAUGGGCGAGUUCCGGCUUUGUGACAGGCUGCAGAAGGGCAAGGCCUGCCCGGAUGGGGACAAGUGCCGCUGCGCCCACGGCCAGGAGGAGCUCAAUGAGUGGCUGGAUCGGCGUGAGGUGCUGAAGCAGAAGCUGGCCAAGGCCCGCAAGGACAUGCUUCUGUGCCCAAGGGAUGAUGACUUUGGCAAAUACAACUUCCUGCUGCAAGAAGAUGGAGACAUUGCAAGUGCCACCCCAGAAGUUCCUGCUGCUGCCGCCACCACCACUUCCACUGCCGCUGCCACCACCACUGCGGAGUAGGGGCCAGGUCUCGGCCGUGGGCAAAAUCCUGGGGUCAGGGUGGGGGUGGGGACGGAGGGCAUGCUGGAAGGGCUGGGGCAGGCCAGCUGGGGGUGGGGGGUGCCCUCCCUAAGCAGCCCCCAGCCCCUGGGGUCCCUUCCAUCCUCUCCACCUCCACCACCCAGGUGUGCAUCCCUGGUGCACAUGCUGCAGCCCCGCGUGGUCCUAGGGUCCUUGUCCUGCUCACAUCUGGACAGACCCUCCCUCACCCCCACGGCUCUCCUGGUUGGGGAGGGAGGGGUCUAGCUGACCCCUCCAGCUUCAGCCUAUAGCUUUAACUUCUGUCUGCUCCUAAUGGGGGCCCAAAACUCAGGGCUGGGGAGCCUGGGGUCCCCACUUGAAUCUGCAGCAGGAGGGUCCUUUCUCCCUCCCCCUCCCCUAAGCCCCUCUUUUGGGGGCACAUCAGGACACAACAGAGGGCAGGAGGCCCCAAUUAGCUUUAAAACGCAGCCUCAGGGUAGAGCCAGGAUGUACCGGUCUCUUACACCCUGGGCCUCGGUUUCCCUUCUGGUUGGAGCCCUGGAUAUGUGCUCCCAAUUCUGCCCCACUUCCUCAAAGGCUGCUAGUGUAGAGCACACAUCCUCAACCUUUGGAGUGGACCCAGCCUGAGCCCCACUUUGCAGAAAGGAAAACUGAGGCCAAGCAGCAAGAGUGAUCUGGCCCAGGGCCUCCAGCCCCCAGCAUGAGGCAGGGCUCAGAUUAAAGACAGUGGUCAGAGGACUCAGGACCGGUUAUUAUGGGAGCAACCGGGCUCUGGCAGAGCUGGAACAGUCUCUGAA